AUUUACGUCUAGUUUACAGUCGCAACCUCCCUGGCAAGUGGAGCAAAAAAUGUUCAACAAGAAACCCCGAAGAAACUUUCGGCAGAGAAAAGACAGCUCCAGCGACGAUGAAGACCGGCCGAAGAACAGCGGAGAAGGAGACGAAAACGAGAAAGCUACUCCAGCGGUGCUAAAUAAGCCGUCUAAAGUGGCACAGGCCCGCGGCAUCUCAUGCAGCUCCAAGCGGGAAGCGACGCCUCCGAAGUCGGACAGCAGUGACGGAGAAGACGAGGAGACGUUGGAGGUGACAGAGGAAGGAGAUGAGAACAAAAUAGAGAAAGAGGGACUUAAGAAGAAAUCAAACGCCAUCCUUAGCUUCUCCGACGAGAAAGAAGCUGGAGAAUCAACAUUUAAGUUGAAGAAGUCAUCUGAUAAAGCGGUACUGUUCCAGGUCAGGAAGAAGGAGGCUCUACCUGCUAAGUCCAGACACAGCAGAGCCUCAGUCCCAUCAUCUAAUUCUCCCAGGAAAGAUUAUGGCAGUCAAGCUUCACCACAGUCUCUGCACCAUAGUGAGGAUGAGAAAGACGAUGACGAUGAUGAUGAUGAUGAUGACGACGACGACGAUGAUAAUGCUAAUGCUAACAAUUAUGACAGUGACAGUGACAGUGAAGAAGGUGGCAACAGGUCUCCCUCAGCUAGCUCAGCCACAGACUCCAGCUGCUCUGCUGCUAAACCAGUAAUUAUCCCUAAUGCCGACGAGAUCAAAGCAGCCAGGAGGCAGCGUCGUGCCACUCGAGCCCGGAAAGAGUACAUUCCCCUGGGUAGAGAUGGCCGGAGCUCGGCUGGCAGCACCCCAGAUCACUACAGCAGGGAAGAUGAAGACGACAGAGUUGAUGAUGAUGACGACGAGCCAGAUGAUCACGAGAGAAGAAUUGAGUUCGCCCCACGAUUGAAGAGCAUCAGGGAAAGGAUUGCUGAAAAGCUGGGAGGAAGUGAUGGCAGCCUCUCAGGAUCUGAUGAGGAAGAGCAGGAGCUUUGGGAGGAAACACAAAUUGGGAAGGGAGUCAAGAGACGACCAGGCGAACAGAGUCCAUCUGGCAGUGAGUCCAGCAGCUACAGCAACAGUAGCAGCAGCAGGCAAGACAGAGGAAGACAAAAGAAGCGAUUGGCAAAGGCCAGAAUCCCAAAGACUCUUCCUCCCGUCACCGUCUCAAUGGUCAAGAGAAGGAUCACUGGAAAACUCGACUCCUUGAAAGAGGUGCACAGAGCACGGCAGGCAGACCUGAGGAGGAUGGAGGGCGAUGUUGAGAGCGCUAAAACGUCCUUGGAGACCCUGGAGGAAGGUUCGUCAGAGGGCCAGCUGAAGUUUUACAGGACCAUGACCCUCUAUGUCCACAACCUGGUGGAGUGUCUGCAGGAGAAGAUUGUUGAGAUCAACUCCUUGGAACUGGAGCUGCACAUGCUGCUGUCUGACCAUAUGGACAUGCUGUUGGCUCAGCGACGAGAGAAGAUUAAGGAGCAGGCUGAUCGCCUGCAGCAGCUCAGCUAUAACAAAGAUGAGAGGAGUGGAAGCUCAGCCAAUGGAACAGAAACUCAGAGUGACGAUGGUACUGAUGUUAAAACUGAAGAAGACUUUAUACCUGAAGACACACAGCCUUCACCAGAGGAGGAAGAGCAGCUGCAAAGGAAAAUAGCUGAUAUCCUGUCCAAGUCCCAGGCAGUGUUUUCUGACGUCCAAGACGACUUCUACAACGUUAAGAAGAUUCUGUCUCGCUUUGAAGAAUGGAGAGGAUCCUACUCGGACUCCUACCACAACGCCUACAUCUCUCUGUGCCUACCCAAACUGCUGAACCCCAUCAUUAGGCAUCAGCUUCUUGCUUGGAACCCUUUAAAAGAUGUCAGCGGAGACUUUGAAAACCUCCCGUGGUUCACAGGAGUGGAGACCUUUUGUCAUGGACAUGGCCAUGAGGAGCUCGAGAACACAGACAGACAGACACUGUCUGCUACCAUAGAAAAGACCGUCGUCCCCAAAAUAACCGCUUAUGUGGAGCUGGUGUGGGAUCCCAUAUCCCAGAAACAGUCCACCUGCCUGUCUGAUGUUUGUCACAGGCUGAGGGAGGACUACUCCAUCUUUGAAGGAGAGCAGAGUAAGCCAGUCAAGACAUUCAUAGAAGCUGUGGUCCGCCGGCUGAGGAGCUGCGUAGACGAAGACGUCUUCAUCCCCCUGUACCCCAAAAACCUUCUAGAAGACAAGUCGUCUCCUCAGCGUCACUUCAGGGAUCAGCAGUUCUGGACGGCCAUUAAGCUGCUAGGUAACAUGGGGAAGUGGGAUUUGCUGCUUCCUGAGUCUCUAUUGAAGGAGCUGAUGUUGGACAAGCUGCUGAACCGAUACCUGAUGAUCACCCUGUGCAGUCAAACACUGUCCAACAACGCUGCCUACGCUUGCCAAAAGAUAGCAGACAGUCUGCCACUCUCAUGGUUCAAAGGAGAGAGCGUGUGUUUGCCUCAGCUCCAGAAUUUUAGAAACCACAUCGUUCAGAACGUUCAUACCAUCUGCAAACACCAGCCUGCUGAAGAUCCAAGCACCAGGUCUGCUGUGGUAGAAGUUCUGAAGGUUCUCAGUAAAAUCAGGUGUCAUGACUCUAUCAUGGCGAUAGCAAAGAAAUACCACUAUGAAGACGUCGUCUACUCCCACCAGCUGCUGAACCAGGAGACAGUGUGAACAACAAAUGCUGACUGGAAGAUGGAUCAACAUGAAACAUCCGUGGUGUGUGUGAUUUGGUUGCAUAAACUAAAUGGCAACAGACGUCUUGUUUAACCAAAGCAGUGGCCAAGAUGAACUGUGCGGGUAAAUUAAUUCACCUUUCUACAGUUUUUAGUCAUGAGCAUUGUACUGUCUUGUAAAAGAGAUAACUGUAUAUUUUUAUGAAUAAAUAUCUGAAUUUUGCUAAUA